AUGCCUUUCAAUCCACUGCUGUGGGAAUACUUCAUGCAGCCAUUGGCAAGCUUUGCUGCUGCCAUGCGCGGGAGCACCAACUUGCUGAUGCAAAAUAUCCUCGAACCUAGCCAGUGGAACUUCACAAAGAAAAUCUUAAAGCGCACCAUCAAGGAUGUGGUUGACGUAUCUUUCGACCAUCUCAAGGAACUGGCCAUCGGGCUCCACCGUAACGGUAGUGAGCAGCUCCAGAAGGGUAUUGCUAUUGACUUCUCCCAAGGACAAGGUCCUACAUGGGAGUGGGCCAAUACCCUGAAGGAGAAAAUGAGGGCCAACCUUGAGAUCGCCAAGGACAGGCUCGAAUUUCUAGAAGAUAUGGUGCGGAUAGAGCACCUCAGCGAUGAGGUGCCCUGGCAUGCGGGCUUGGCCCGGCGCCCGGCCAAGCCGAAGCGUCGUCAGUGGCAGAAGGUGGUCACCCCGAAAGCCGCAGUGACCAGUAGUGACGGCCCCUCGUGGCUGAAAAGGGCCAUGAACGGCGUCGGGAUGGCCACCCAGCUACAACAGCUGUUCCCAGAUCUGAGGGUACCAGCCAAGGGCCUGUUGCUCACUAGGCCAACAGGCAAUGGCAAGCCAAUUCUGGCCAAGGCAGUGGCCCACGAGUCUCACUGCACGUGCCUCAACAUCGGUGCAGCUUCGUUCACUUCUAAAUGCCUCCACACAAGGAAUGAAGAGUGGAUUCUCGUGAUGGCUGUCACAAACAGGCCUCAAGAGUUGGACGCUGCUGCACUAAGAGUUACUUACACGGUGCUGGCGUAA